GCGGCGCCUGUGGUGAAGUCGUGAUCCCAGAAAUAAGUCAUGUAUAGCUCAUUUAAAACAUGAAUACGACAUAAAUAACAUGGACUAUUGGAUGUAUGUCAUCACGAUCAUAACGCGGAAUUAAAGGACCUGGAAAUAAAACAGUGAGGAAGCAUGCAGGCGUCCGUGAGAAGGCUGGCUCUGGUUCCCCUGGGUGCUGCCCGGUCCUGCCUGAUAAGAGGAGCUCUCCUGAGCCCCGCGGCCCGCCUCCUCCCCCCCAGCACCCGCACCCUGCUCAGUGAGACGGGAGAGUGGGAGAAGGACUACAAAUCAGAGACCCGACGCAAGGUGGAAGAAUGGUGGCACCCACGAAUUAUGGCACAGUGGAGGAAGGAUGCACUGAAGGAGAGUUCAGUGAAGAAGAAGUUUUAUGUCCUCUCCAUGUUUCCGUACCCUUCGGGGCGACUGCACAUGGGCCACGUGCGAGUGUACACCAUCAGCGACACCAUCGGACACUUCCAGAGAAUGAGAGGCCACCAGGUGUUGAAUCCGAUGGGUUGGGAUGCUUUUGGACUUCCGGCCGAAAAUGCAGCCAUUGAGCGAGGUCUCGACCCAGAGGAGUGGACGAAGAGUAAUAUCCAGUCCAUGCGGGAGCAGCUGGACAGCCUCGGGCUUUGCUUCAACUGGGACCGGGAAGUCACCACUUGCCUUCCAGACUACUACAGGUGGACGCAGUAUCUGUUUGUCAAGCUCUUCGAAGCAGGACUGGCAUAUCAGAAAGAGGCGGUGGUGAACUGGGACCCUGUGGAUCAGACGGUGCUGGCUGAUGAGCAGGUGGAUGAAAAUGGUCGCUCCUGGAGAUCUGGCGCCCUGGUGGAGCAGAAGCUGCUCACACAAUGGUUCAUCAAGACUACAAACUAUGCCAAGCCGCUGCUGGACGCCCUGGCCGACCUGCCGGAGUGGUACGGUGUCAAAGCCAUGCAGGCAAACUGGAUUGGAGAGUGCACCGGCUGCUACUUCGAUUUCAAACUCAAGGUGAACGGGGAGGACACGGGGGAGACCCUGUCUGCCUACAGCUCCUCUCCAGAGUCUGUGUUCGGAGCAGCCUACCUUUCCAUCCUUCCCUCCCACAGACUGCUGCUCGGUAGCAGCGCAGUCCGCUCGGCCCUUGAGAAAUCCUUCCAGCCAGGCAGAGACUCCCUUACAGAAGUCACCGCUCACAACCUGUUCACCGGCCACGAGGUUCCCCUGGUCAUCUCACACAAGGAGGCGUUUGAUGCCUAUCUGGAUACCGUGAUCGGUAUCCCAGACUGCAGUGAGGAGGAUCUUUCUGUGGCCAGAGCUCUGAACCUGAGCUGGACGACAGUGCUGAAAAGUGACGAAGACGGGAACCAAACUCUGAUCAACUCUGAUGAGUUCUCAGGACUAUCUAGAGAGCAAGCAUUUGACUCUAUUACCCAGAAGGCCAGAGAGCAGAAGACGGGCGGACACCUCACCAGCUCCAAGCUCCGGGACUGGUUGAUAUCAAGGCAGCGAUACUGGGGCACACCCAUCCCCGUGGUGCAUUGUGGAUCUUGUGGUCCAGUUGCUGUUCCUGAGGAGGAGUUACCUGUUACGUUACCAAAGCUGCCGUCUCUCAAAGGAAAGGGCGCUUCACCGCUGGAGGAAGCUCACGACUGGGUCAACUGCAAGUGUCCCAGGUGUAAAGGCCCAGCCAGGAGGGAGACUGACACCAUGGACACGUUUGUUGACUCGGCUUGGUAUUACUUCAGAUACACAGACCCUCAUAACACAGACAGGCCUUUUGAGCGGCAGCUCGCGGAUCACUGGCUUCCUGUGGACGUUUACAUAGGAGGGAAGGAGCACGCUGUCAUGCACUUGUACUACGCUCGCUUCCUCUGUCACUUCUGCAAGGAUCAGGGUCUUGUCGCCCACAGGGAGCCUUUUCGGAAACUGCUGGUCCAGGGUCUGAUCAAGGGCCAGACUUUCAAAGAGGCGGAGAGCGGCCGGUACCUAAAGAGAGAAGAGAUAGACUUCACAGAUGCGGAGCCGGUGAUGCGUGGUGGUGGUGAUAUAGAUGUGACGUGGGAGAAGAUGAGCAAGUCUAAAAACAACGGUCUGGACCCCCAGGAUGUGGUGCAGCAGUACGGCGUGGACACGGUUCGACUCUACAUCCUCUACGCCGCUCCACCCGAACAAGACAUCCUCUGGAAUGUCAAGACGGACGCACUCCCCGGGGUUCUGCGCUGGCAGUCUCGGCUCUGGCAGCUGGUGACCAAGCUGAGGGGGGCUCGACAACUCGCAGAUCCCCCCAGUCCCUCCCUGCUGAAGAAGAAAGAGCUGGCAGAGACAAAGAAGAUCUGGGCGAACAAGAAUUACGCUAUUGAAGAGGUGACAUCUCACUUCACAGAGGAGUUCCACUUCAACGCUGCCCUUUCUCGGCUAAUGGGACUUACCAAUACACUGAGUAGUGCGACAGUCGGGGUGGUGCAGCACAGCGUGGAGUUUGAGGAAGCUCUGGCGGCGCUGGUUAUGAUGACAGCACCCAUGGCCCCUCACCUGGCUUCUGAACUUUGGGCAGGUCUUUGUCAAGUGGAGAACCCCCUCAGCCCCAUCCUGCAGCGUGGAGGAGACGUCCUGCAACAGGUCUGGCCAACUGUAGACCCCGAGUACCUGGAGGUCCCUGACUUUGUGGAGCUGUCUGUACUGAUUAACAACAAGGCCUGUGGGAGAGUGACCGUGCCUCUGCAGGUGUCCAAAGAUUCGAAGCGAGUGCAGCAGCUUAUCUUGGAGAGCCCGUUGGUGCAGAAGCAUCUUGGCGGGCGCAGCAUCAAGAGAUUCAUCCUCUCCCCCAGGACCGCCCUCGUCAACCUCCUCAUUGACGAGUGAUGUUCUGGUGUUCACUCACAAAAGACACAAACGGGAGGACUUUAAUACAAAUUUUAAAAAAAGUCAGUUUAAAUUACUUUGAUGUUUUUUAUUUAUACUUUCCAGUUUUUAUUAAAGAAAUACAAAAAGCA